UUAUUUGAUUGGAUCUAGUCAAGUUAUCUUUUCCCUCAACGAAUAAAUAUAUAUUUGUGCUCAAGUCACACCUUGUGUUUCACUAUAAUCUUAAACCAAAACCAAAACCCAUCUUAGUUGUUCUAACUUGUUUCCAUAUGCUGAAGCCUUUUGUUUGUGGCACUUUUCGUCACCAUGAAGAAGAUGGUGUACCAUGUUCAAGCCCCAAGAAGUCAAAAAGAAAAGAUAACAAAAACCCUUACUCCAAUCGAGGGUUGGACAAGUUUUCUGCACUUUUGGCUGAUCUUGACGAGAGAAGGCAAAAGGUUUACUCACAGAUGAGUCCUCACGAGAUAUCUUUGGUUCGGUUUGCGUAUUCUAGCAACGAUGAUUUCGUUCCCAUCGUGGUGAAGGUGAAAAACAAGGAUCAGAAGAAACACAAGAGCGAAGAACUCGGGGUGAGACACUUGCAAUCUUUCUCGGAGCAGUUGGAGAAAUCUGCUGAAGAAGCAACCGUUGAAGAAAGGAAGCAACAACCAAGGUCGUUGGAAUCACAUCAUCAUAAGAAGGAUUUUAUUUUUGGCUUUUCUUGGAACAUGUUCAAGUGGCCAUCUUUCUACGUGCCUGUGGUUGUGAUACUGAUUUUGGUUUUCUUGACCGUGUUUGGGAGAUCCGUUGCAACACUUUGCACAUGUGUCGUGUGGUAUUUGGUCCCCAUGUUGAGUGAAUAUAAAUAUAAUAGCUCAAAAGCAAGGAAAUCGAUUAUGAAUUCGAAGAAGAAGGAUUAUGUGAGGGGGUGGUUGAAUGAAAUGAAGAAUCCUCGUGAAGAGUUAGCUUCUCCAACAAGUGGUGAUUCCAAGGCUUAUAAUAAUAAUAUUGGCAAGAGAUCAGGGAAGCAUGGCCACCAGAAAAGCUGGUGACGAUCCAUUAUUUUAUAUAAUUCGUUCUUUUAUUUUUUGGGUUUCUUCUUCUAUUUCCAAUUUAUGGGUUGGGAAUAGGGUUUUUCCUUGUGUAAAUAUGCAUGUCUACUUUUUUCUUGGUCAUGUUCUUGAGACAGGUUGAAACUUCAAUCCUUCUCUUGUUGGCAUUUUGCCAGUGUAAAUUGUGGAAUAGUUAGGAGAAACUAUAGAUGCACAUUAUGUUUUU